UAAUUUAUUCUCGUGGGCUUUCGUUCUUGAUGCCGUUCUUGCCUUCUCCGCCUAACUCUCGUACUAUAAAAGACGGGGGCUUUUGGUUGUGCGAUGACCUUUUCUUGUGAACUUCACCCACAAGCGCUCACACACGCACUCUCACUCUCUGAUCUUUGUGUAUCCUCUCUCCUUCUGCAAAUUCACCGGAGAGAGAGAGAGAGAGAGAGAGAGAGAGAGAGAGAGAGAGAGAAUAUGGGGUUGUUCAGAGAUAAGGGAGUCGUUUACAAGGCGGCGGAGACAGUUGAUCUUGGCCCUCACAGUGAUGAAUUCUAUCUCCAAGCCAAUGUUAAAGCUCCUCGCAUGGCCGGACUUCUGGUGAAGAUCUUCGUGUGGUUCUUGGAAUCGAGGAUAUUCGGGGCAGUGUUGUUAUACUUCCUCAAGAAAAACAACCUCAUUCACAAGCUUGUUUCUAAUGCAGAGAUAGAGGAGUCCCCGGUCUUUGUUCCCUUGCACCCAUUUGAAGAACUGAACGAGAAAGAAGUGAUUGAGAUAGAUCCUAAUCUGUCCGUGCCGGAAAAAGUUCAGAAAGCAGUGAAUGCGAUAACUCCACUGGUUGAAGAAUUAGUAGAUGGGACGAAGCCUUCUUUCCGCCGAUGGACUAUAAUGGACUACUCGAGAGCCUAUAGCUCAGGAGUACUAACACCACUUAAGGUGGCACAGAGAUUUAUAGCUUCUGUCGAAGAAUCUUCCGCUCGACCAUUGCCAAUGGCCUUCUUCAUCGACUGCAAAGCCGAAGAUAUUCUGAGGCAAGCUAAAGAGUCGACUCUCCGCUAUGAAAGAGGAGAGCCAAUUUCUGUACUGGAUGGAGUACCGGUCGCUGUCAAGGAUGAGAUAGAUUGCUCUCCCUACCCUACCACAGGUGGUACAAAGUGGCUGCACAAAUUCAGAACUUGUCAGGGGGACGCGUGCUGCGUUAUGCGCCUCAGGUCGUGCGGAGCCAUACUUGUCGGUAAAACCAAUAUGCACGAGCUUGGCGCUGGAACGAGUGGGAUAAAUCCUCACUAUGGAACUGCUAGGAAUCCAUAUGAUAGCAAAAGGAUAGCCGGGGGUUCAUCGAGUGGAUCUGCUGCUGUGGUUUCUGCAGGAUUAUGUCCUGUUGCUCUUGGUGUUGACGGGGGAGGAUCCGUGCGGAUGCCUGCGGCUCUUUGUGGCGUGGUUGGUUUAAAGCCGACUUUUGGACGUGUACCACAUGAGGGCGUUCUUCCUCUGAAUUGGACUGUUGGGAUGGUUGGUAUACUUGCUGGCACAAUUGAGGAUGCCUUUGUCGUUUACGCAGCUUUAAGUGGCCAACCUGUUCCGCAUAGUCCAACACUCCCAUCGCCCAAAGAAUACUAUCCCUUAUUGAAGCCGACUACACCUAUUUCUGGCAUCAGAUUGGCAAAGUAUGGAAAGUGGUUCGAUGAUUGCAGUGAUGAAAUCAAGGCAUGUUGUUCUCAUGCACUGGACAAGCUUCAUAAACAGUAUGGUUGGGAGACUCUGGAGGUGACUAUACCGGAGAUAGAAGUGAUGCGACUGGCACAUUACACAACAAUCGCGUCCGAGUGCCACACAUCACUCAGUUCUUAUCUAGAGAAACUGGAUGUUGCAGAAUUAGGAUGGGAUGCAAGGGUGGCACUCGGUGUAUAUGGUUCCUUCAGCAGCCAGGAGUAUAUUAAGGCCCAGAGAAUUAGGAACCGGCAGCUGCAAUUUCACAGGAAUAUAUUUGCUAAAGCAGAUGUCAUUGUGUCGCCAACAAUAGGGGUAACUGCGUAUGAAAUCUUCGAUGAUGCUCGCGAAACUGGUGAACUUGAUUACAUAAAUGGAGCUGCACUUGUGCGUUAUUCAAUAGCAGGGAACUUUCUAGGAUUGCCUACCAUAACAAUCCCGGUUGGAUAUGACAAAUUGGGCUUGCCAAUUGGCCUUCAGUUUAUCGGGAGGCCGUGGUCUGAGCCGACAUUGAUCCACAUAGCUCAUGCCAUGCAGGCCCUGUGCAUAUCCGAGUGCCAAAAGCCAGAAGUAUUCUAUGAUCUGCUCAAGGAGGACUAAUCAAUGGGCAGAGAGAGCUUUAUCCGCCUGCUCGACAAGUCCCUUUCAUCUUUAUUCGGCGAUACACCAUUGAAAAUUUUCCUUUUGCCUUUCAUAAUUACUGUUUACGUGAUGAAUUAUUCAGGUCAGGGAUCUGGAAGAUGGAGUAAACUUAGUCUGGUGCUUGAAACUGUCUUAGAAUAUGACCCAACGGUCCUGACCCAAACGCCCAAAAAAAGAAAAGGAAAAAACAGUUUAUGGCUUUUGCAAGUGACUUGAUGUGUACAGAGGUUUUCCUGCUGGCAAGAGUGACUUUGAAACCAUCCAAUGUCCUUAUUUACCAAA